AAUCUAUGCUGGUUUAGCCACUCAUACACACACACAAACCUACUGCAAUAUGAAUUUAGAUUUGCCAACAGACAAAACAUAUGACGAGAGCGUCAAGACGGAGAAGAAAGACAAGCUAGUUUUUGCUCCAGAAACUUAUCAGUACACGCUCUACACGCUUUCGGAGGACGAGUUGGUGAAUUCGCCAAUAGAGCAAUUCGACAAAUGGUUUGAGGAAGCGUUGAAGUCGGACGAACCGAUUCCCGAAAGCGUGGUGUUCAGCACCUGCUCUCUCCCUAGCGGGCGUGUGUCAUCAAGAUACGUGCUUUUGAAAGAGCUCGACAAACGGGGGUUUCUUAUCUUCUCGAACUGGGACACUAGCAAGAAGGAGAAAGACGUGGAGACAAACAAGUACGCCAGCUUGACGUUCCUGUGGAAGAAGUUCCAGAGACAGGUGCGUGUCGAGGGGAUUGUGGAGCGGUUGACGUACGAGGAGAGUCAGGAGUACUACGGGGUGAGGCCACGGGGCAGCAAGAUCGGCGCCUGGGCAAGUCCGCAGAGCAAAGUGUUGAAGAACCGGGAGGAGCUCGAUAAAAUUGUGGCUGCAAAGGAGAAAGAGUUUGAGGGGCUUACAGACGACGAAAUCAAGUGUCCUCCCAAGUGGGGUGGAAUAAGGAUUGUGCCGCUCGAGGUUGAGUUCUGGCAGGGCCGCCAGAGCCGGUUGCACGACCGGUUGAGCUACCGUCGGGAAAGUAUUGAAACCGACGAGUGGGAAGUGGUGAGACUUGCUCCGUGAAUGGAUUGAAAUUCGGACAUCGGUCGUGUUACAGUUUACGUAUAUACAAUAUAGAACACUAUCUGAAACUUUUGUUGAUCUGACUCUAAUUGUCACGAGCAACAUCAGGCUCUCUAGUAGAGGAGACAAGGAAGACACCGUUAUAUAAUUACUAGACCAUUAUACACUAUGAAUUCACCAUAGCGGUAGUAA